AGUAUAUUCCACUUUUGCGAUCGGAAGUUUCUUCUAGGAGGACUAAUUUUUAACUAAAUCAAUUUAUUUUUAUUGUCACGUAAAUUUUCCCAUACAUGUGGAAACGGAUCGGUACAAAUUCGCGGUACAGUUUAACCCGGAAGCGCGAAACAACAAGUGGAUUCUUCAGAUUCUUACUCCUCGAUUCCUUAAUAUUGCUAUUAGAUCGUGAGAAAUACUUGGUGUUUUUUUUUAAUGAUUUGUUUUGUAAUUUGAAGGAACAAUACUUUUUAAAUUUGAAUUCGGAUUGUUUUUAUUCGUUUGCAUUACAAUAAAGUGUCAGUGACGACCUGGAGUUCGUAGGUUUCUAGACUGAUGGAGUUUGAUUGAUGGUUUGAGUUUGAGAUCGUUAUAUAUGCAGAGAUUUCAUCUAGAAAUAUAAUAAUUUACAAUUGUAUCGAUAGCUACAUAUUUCUAUCGGCCGAUAAAAGGACAGUAAAUAAAUGAUAUUUACGAGAAAUGGUUUCUUAUUUUGAUGAAGAAGCAACUAUAAACCAAGUCUUUAUGAAAUAUAAUUUUCUGGAAAGAAUAAAACGAGGAGUCAAGAAAUGACUGGAGGUCGAGAUGGUGAUAUAGGAACUGGAGGUAUUAAGGUGAGAGGAGAUGGCCGUAAGCACACUGUUCAUUGGUUUCGAAAAGGGCUGAGACUCCAUGAUAAUCCUUCCCUUCGAGAAGGUCUCAUAGGUGCUUCGACGUUCCGAUGUGUUUUCGUCCUGGAUCCUUGGUUUGCCGGAAGUACCAAUGUCAGCAUCAACAAGUGGAGAUUCCUUCUACAGUGCCUGGACGACUUGGAUCGCUCUCUAAGGAAACUCAACUCGCGUCUUUUCGUUAUACGUGGUCAACCAGCAGAUGCUCUUCCAAAAUUAUUUAAGGAAUGGGGAACAACGAAUCUCACCUUUGAAGAGGAUCCCGAACCAUUUGGACGUGUUCGUGAUCUCAACAUCUCGACUCUCUGUGAAGAGCUUGGUAUCUCGGUACUUCACAGGACGUCCCACACUCUUUACAACUUGAAAGAGAUAAUAGAAAAAAAUGGAGGAAGGUCACCCUUGACCUAUCAUCAAUUUCAAAAUAUUGUUGCGAGUAUGGAUUCCCCAGAACUUCCAGCCCCUACAGUUACAUUAGACUGUCUAGGGAAUGCAAUUACACCCCUUAAAGAGGACCAUGACGAUCAAUAUGGAGUCCCCACACUUGAAGAAUUAGGUUUUGAUACUGAAGGCCUACUACCUCCAGUUUGGGUUGGCGGAGAGAGUGAAGCUAUUGCACGUUUGGAACGUCAUCUUGAAAGAAAAGCGUGGGUGGCGAGCUUCGGUCGCCCUAAAAUGACUCCCCAGUCGCUACUUGCUAGUCAAACUGGCCUCUCGCCUUAUCUACGAUUUGGCUGUCUCAGUACAAGACUUUUUUACUAUCAGCUGAUCGAUCUUUACAAAAAAAUAAAGAAAACAGUGCCUCCGCUUUCUCUUCAUGGUCAAUUGCUAUGGCGUGAAUUUUUUUAUUGUGCGGCCACGAACAAUCCCAACUUCAAUAAAAUGCAAGGAAAUCCAAUUUGCGUCCAGAUACCCUGGGAAAAAAACGUCGAUGCUCUCGCCAAAUGGGCUAACGGACAGACAGGAUAUCCUUGGAUCGAUGCGAUAAUGACUCAACUGAGGGAAGAGGGUUGGAUUCACCACUUGGCUAGACAUGCCGUCGCAUGCUUCUUGACCAGAGGCGACCUUUGGAUCUCCUGGGAAGAAGGAAUGAAGGUGUUCGACGAACUCUUGCUGGAUGCUGAUUGGUCCAUAAAUGCAGGAAUGUGGAUGUGGUUGUCGUGCAGUUCAUUUUUCCAACAAUUUUUUCAUUGUCAUUGUCCGGUGAGAUUUGGAAGGAAAGCUGACCCAAAUGGAGACUAUAUUCGGCGUUAUUUGCCUGUCUUGAAGAAUUUCCCUACGAGAUAUAUUCACGAGCCUUGGAACGCCCCGAUGAGUGUUCAACGUGCAGCCAAGUGCAUCAUAGGAAGGGAUUAUUGCCUUCCCAUGGUUAAUCACAGCAGAAGUUCGCGAAUAAACAUUGAACGAAUGAAACAUGUUUAUCACAAUUUAAACAAAUAUCGCGAGAAUGGAGAGGCUGUUUAAGCAGGAGCGGCAGGUGAGUUUGCUACGAAAAAGAGUACUAGAGUAGAGUGAAAUCAUUUUCUUGGAGAGAUACUAAUUUGGAUUUUGCUCUGUUCUCUUUCAUCCAAUGAAAAUAAUGGCCUCCUAUAUUUUAUUUUAGAAAUACAUUAAUGAGCUUUUUGAUUAUACUUUUGUAUCAGCCGGAUAUAAAAUUUUGGAUGUAGUUGAAGAAAUAGAAUCUUUCUAAUCUAUAUUAGGUUUUUCAUGAUAUUUCUUCCAACGAAUAUAACUUCAACGAUAGGUUCUUUCAACGAAUUCGUCUCUAAGCUAGCCUAAAAAAUCUUCAGAUCAAACCAACAAGUUUUCUGAAAUAACUUUAAUAUGUAUUUUAAAUAUUGUCGAUGGAAAUCUGAGUGUGUUUAUCUUAAAACUUUGCAGAAUAUUGACUUUUAUUUUUAUAUCCUAGACUACGAUAGAUAUUUCCUCUUAUAAAAACUGUAUAAAUUUAAAUAUGAUCUAUUUUCUAUGGUAUUAUGUUUCACGAGUAUUG